AUGCUAUCUGAUGCCGAUUACAGCCUCUCUCUCUCUCUCUCUCUUCUCUCUCUCUCUCUCUCCGCAGCUUCUCACCUUUCUGACCUAUCCCGGGCAGCUUCUCACCCUUCUGACCUAUCCCUGGCAGCUUCUCUCCCUUCUGACCUAUCCCAGGCAGCUUCUCACCCUUCUGGCCUAUCCCAGGCAGCUUCUCUUCCUUCUGACCUAUCCCAGGCAGCUUCUCUUCCUUCUGACCUAUCCCUGGCAGCUUCUCUCCCUUCUGACCUAUCCCAGGCAGCUUCUCUCCCUUCUGACCUAUCCCUGGCAGCUUCUCUUCCUUCUGACAUAUCCCAGGCAGCUUCUCAUCCUUCUGACCUAUCCCAGGCAGCUUCUCUUCCUUCUGGCCUAUCCCAGGCAGCUUCUCUCCCUUCUGACCUAUCCCAGGCAGCUUCUCUCCUUCUGACCUAUCCCAGGCAGCUACUCUCCCUUCUGGCCUAUCCCAGGCAGCUUCUCUCCCUUCUGACCCUAUCCCAGGCAGCUUCUCUUCCUUCUGGCCUAUCCCAGGCAGCUUCUCUCCCUUCUGACCUAUCCCAGGCAGCUUCUCUCCCUUCUGACCUAUCCCAGGCAGCUUCUCUUCCUUCUGGCCUAUCCCAGGCAGCUUCUCUCCCUUCUGACCUAUCCCAGGCAGCUUCUCUCCCUUCUGGCCUAUCCCAGGCAGCUUCUCUCCCUUCUGACCCAUGCCUGGCAGCUUCUCUUCCUUCUGACCUAUCCCAGGCAGCUUCUCUCCUUCUGGCCUAUCCCAGGCAGCUUCUCUCCCUUCUGGCCUAUCCCAGGCAGCUUCUCUCCCUUCUGACCUAUGCCUGGCAGCUUCUCUUCCUUCUGACCUAUCCCAGGCAGCUUCUCUCCCUUCUGGCCUAUCCCAGGCAGCUUCUCUCCCUUCUGACCUAUCCCAGGCAGCUUCUCUCCCUUCUGGCCUAUCCCAGGCAGCUUCUCUCCCUUCUGACCUAUACCAGGCAGCUUCUCUCCCUUCUGGCCUAUCCCAGGCAGCUUCUCUCCCUUCUGACCUAUCCCAGGCAGCUUCUCUCCCUUCUGACCUAUGCCUGGCAGCUUCUCUUCCUUCUGACCUAUCCCAGGCAGCUUCUCUCCCUUCUGGCCUAUCCCAGGCAGCUUCUCUCCCUUCUGACCUAUCCCAGGCAGCUUCUCUCCCUUCUGACCUAUCCCAGGCAGCUUCUCACCCUUCUGACCUAUCCCUGGCAGUUUCUCUCCCUUCUGACCUAUCCCUGGCAGCUUCUCUUCCUUCUGACAUAUCCCAGGCAGCUUCUCAUCCUUCUGACCUAUCCCAGGCAGCUUCUCUCCCUUCUGACCUAUCCCAGGCAGCUUCUCUCCCUUCUGGCCUAUCCCAGGCAGCUUCUCUCCCUUCUGACCUAUCCCAGGCAACUUCUCUCCCUUCUGGUCUAUCCCAGGCAACUUCUCUCCCUUCUGACCUAUCCCAGGCAGCUUCUCUCUCCUUUCUGGCCUAUCCCAGGCAGCUUCUCUCCCUUCUGGCCUAUCCCAGGCAGCUUCUCUCCCUUCUGA